UAUAAACCUACGAAUGCAUCGAUUUACCUCAAAUCUAGACAACAGAUCUACAAUCAAAGAUGCAUACGUUUGCGGGUUUUAUAUUUAUCGCUCUGGCAGUGGCAUAUGCCGAAGGAGCACCAUCUCCUCACAUCGUCGGUGGUAAGGAUGCUCCUGUCGGCAAGUAUCCGUAUCAAGUGUCAUUAAGAUUAUCCGGCUCACAUAGAUGCGGUGCAUCUAUCCUUGAUAAUUAUAAUGUGUUAACCGCAGCACAUUGUGUCGAUGGAUUGGGUAAUCUAAACGAACUAAAGGUUCAUGUCGGCACAAACUAUUUGAAUGAAUCAGGAGACGUUUAUGACGUAGAAGAUGCUCGCGUCAACAAAGACUACGAUGAUGCUUUACUUAGGAAUGACGUCGCCUUAGUCCAUCUUAAAAAUCCUAUUGAACUCAACGAUCUAGUGCAACCGAUAAAACUUUCGACAAAUGAUAAAGAUCUCGAGAACAAGCCAUGCACUUUAACUGGAUGGGGAACUACAAGGCUUGGUGGAAGUCCUCCAAAUGCAUUGCAAGAAAUCGAGUUGAUAGUUUAUCCGCAGGAAGAUUGUAAGAGAGAACAAUGGAGAGUGAUAGAUAGUCAUAUCUGCACUUUGACUAUACGCGGAGAAGGAGCGUGCCAUGGAGAUUCUGGUGGACCUUUGGUCGCUAAUGGAGCUCAAAUUGGAAUCGUUUCUUUUGGAAAUCCUUGUGCACUUGGAUAUCCAGAUGUUUAUACUAGAGUAAGCAGUUUCGUACCUUGGAUCAACGCAAAUUUGAAGAAAUAGCAAAAAUAUUCAAUUUGUUUUUCAAAAUAAAUCAAUUAAAUAUAUAGUUAACGCAGAACAAUAAAUUAAUCGUA